GAUGUAAUUUAGAGGUUAAACAUGAGCUUUCUUUCAGCCGUGAUUUCUGCAACCUGCAGAAUGUCUGAUUCCAAAAGACACUUCAAGGAGCUGGCUGAUCUAUUUAGAAUCAGGACUAAAGAAAUAUGGAGUAUCUGAUCCUGGAUAGAAACAAAAAGUUAAUCUUUCUUAUUCAGGUGAGACAUUUUGAACACCUGGGCCGUGUUUUCCUGUCGCUAUGCCCUCAGACACUCCUCAUCAGACAUGCAGUGUGUCAUGGAUCUCUGCCCAGAAGUCAUCCUCCUCCUCCUCAGACCCUCUGAGGAGUCAGUGCGCCCUCAGGUGAUGAUGAUGAGGAAUUACAGCAUUGGAUCGGCAUGCCGGUGUUGAGCAAUGUGUGCGUUUGUAGGUGUGAACGUGAACGUGAUGACGCAAACAUAGAAAUCUUUCCCCUGCAUUUAAAAACCCUGAGCAGGCAGGAACAGGCCGAACUCUGCUGCCAAGAUCUCACUGAACAAGAUGGAAGCAGAGAAGAAGAACGUGAUCCUGAGAGAGGGAUUCCUGGUGAAGAGGGGUCAUCUGGUCCACAACUGGAAGGCUCGCUGGUUCGUGUUGAUGCCGGAUAAGCUGCUGUAUUACAAAUAUGAAGGAGGCAAGAGAGACUCAUGUCAGAGAGGGAAGAUCCUUCUGAGGGACUGUGAGAUAACCAGUCCUUUUCUGGAGUACGAAUAUCGACCGCUGGUGUUUAAGCUCCAAACGAAGAACAACACGGAUCAUUUCUUGGAAGCUUGUUCGAGGGAGGAGAGGGAUGACUGGGCGGCUGACAUCACGGCUGCAGUCGACAAACUGCGGAUAGAUAACGGAGGAAAAGCGUCGGAUGAGGAGGGCCAAACUGGAUCCCAGUUACACGACAUCAACCUGAGCAAAGUGUUGGACGCCAUGUACGACGUCCACAGCGGGAUCAAUAUGAGCAACCAUGUGGAGCAGGGCAGCACGUACAGCAACUGUUUCUCAGGUUCAGCGGUGGUGGACUGGCUGGUGUUCUCACAGCUUGUUCUGACCCGUGUGGAGGCCAUGACUCUGGCCUCGGCGCUGCUGGAGGAAGGUUUCCUGAGGACCGUCGGCAUGAGGAGCGUGGAGGCUCUCCGCACGGCCGGCCUCAGCGAGCAGUUCAUGGACGACUCCACGGCGCUGUACAGCUUUUCUGACAGUUUGAAGAAGAGAGGCAGCGUGAAGGCCGAGACGUCGCUGUCAGCUGUGGAGCUGAGUGGAAAAGUGAUAAAGAGAGGAUAUCUGCUAAAACAGGGACACAGACGGAAGAACUGGAAGGUGAGGUUGUUUGUGCUGCGUUCAGAGCCGGCGUUCCUUCACUACUAUGAUCCCACUAAGGAUGAUGUCAGCCCUGUCGGCGGCUUCUCACUGCGGAGCUGUCUGGUUUCCUCCCUGAAUGAUAACGGAGUUCCCACAGGUGUGAAAGGAAAAAUUCAAGGCAACCUGUUUAAAAUCAUCACCCAGUCGGACACACAUUACUUCAUCCAGGCUCCGACCAACCAGGAGAAGAUGGACUGGAUCGAAGCGAUCAGAGAGCAAACAUAAACAUAGAGAUUCAACUUUAAAGGAAGUGAAAUAUACAUUCUGUGAAUGUUGACUGAAGCAGCAAAGUGGGAGCAUGGGAGUUAAAUUAUUAAUAUUAAGAGUUGAUUGUGACAGAACAGUAUUGUUGUUUUGUUAUAUUAUAGCUUGAUAAUAUCAAAGUGUGCUUUGAGGAUAAAGUAGGUUUAAAAAGCCAAACAC